AUGAAACAUCAACAAGUAAGCGUGGAUUACUGGACAAUGUUGCAAACCAUGUUCACAUACGGUGUAUUGUCUGCGCUGUGCUGGAUAAUGUUGCGACUUUUCCACGCAGUGUUCACGUUGCCACGAAGACUGCGAUCACAACAGGAAAACAUACAGAAUACUCUACAAGAUCUUCAGAAGCGGUUUCCUGACCUAAAUAUAACUGAAGAAGAUUUGCAAAACGCUGAAAAAGAGUUGGAUGACUUCAUAAAAGAAGGAGACGAAGCAGAAAUAGAAGCGGAGAAGAGUAAAUCUAUUGAAAAUGUAGACGAAGGAGAAGACGAUCAUACAGCAGAGGGCACAAAAAAAGACAACUAA